AUGCUAACGAUAAUGCCAGACGAACCGCGACGCUCCGGCCGGGCCACCAAGGGUCAACACAAGAACCUCGAACUACCAGACGCUCCUUCGAAGAAGGGCAAGACCAAGGGUCAAAAAGAUCCGAAAGACAAAUCCGGCAAAGCCUCCGCCGAGCCCACCCCGGGUCCCAGUGAGGGAGAAGAAGAAGAUGAUGAUGAUGAAGAGAUCAUUAGGUGCAUCUGCGGCGAAUACGAAGAGGAGGAGGAUGUGGAGCGGGACAUGAUCUGCUGUGAUCAGUGUUCCGCGUGGCAACACAAUGACUGUAUGGGAUUGACAUUCCCCAAGGGCCAGGAGCCGGAUCAAUACUACUGCGAACGAUGCAAGCCCGAGAAUCACAAAGCUCUUCUGGAAAAGAUUGCAAAGGGUGAGAAGCCUUGGGAGGAGGUCGCUGAGCGACGACGACUGGAGGCCGAGGAGAAGAAGUCCAAGCGAAAGAAGGGCAAAAAGGGCACCCGAAAGAGCCAGGGCAAGCCUGAAGCCAGCACUCCAGCCCGUGCUGGAACCUCUGCCACCCCUGGACCUGGUCCUUCACCCACCACAGGCGCAUCUGCGUCGGCUGAGCCGGAGAAGAAUGGACACGGUGGUGAUUCUCGGCGAUCAAGCACCAACAAGCGUAAGCUUGAAGAGAGUGUGGAGGCUGAUAUGGUGAGCACUUCACUCGAAACGCGCAGCAGGAAACGACAUGCUAACUCGAGUCUCUUUCAGGGUCCGCAGGUGAAGCAGCAACGUGUCUCCCCUCAAUCCACAACGGGAGCAGCUUCGAAGCUCAAGGCAGAGUCCCCUGCAGAUACCCCAGCCGCGGGUGCCACCCUGGAGGCCCUUGUGAUUCCUGCCCGGAAGAGCGCGGCUACCGCGCUCAUCAGGCUAUUUGUAGAUCAGAUCACCGCGGCUCAGAAGAAAGGCUCAUAUUCGCCGUCUGCUGGAAAGUCCGCUGAAGAUGCUGCACGACAACUCGGUCUGUCCAUCGAGGAUGCCAUGUAUCACAAUUUCUGCGGCCGGACGGGCGAGCCUACUGAGCCAUAUAAGUUGCAAUUACGAACGAUCCUGUUCAACGUAAAGAAGAACCCUUCUCUACGAGAUCGUCUACUUGUAGGUAGUCUGUCCCCAGACUCCCUGGCUAGGAUGAAGCCGGAGGAGAUGGCUAGCGAGGAGCUGCAGCAGAAGGAUGCGGAGAUCAAGCGGGAGUCCGAGCGACAGCACAUCAUUGUCCAGGAACAGGGUCCCCGGAUCCGACGAACGCAUAAGGGGGAAGAGCUCGUCGAGGACGAGACUCACACUGCUGCGACAGAAUCGGUCUUCUCAGCUGGCCCUCGCCGCGCCGCCGAUGCAGACGGCAGUCCCGGGAACCAGAGUCCACUUACCCCAAAGGUACAGCAGUCGAACAAGUUCCGAGAGACGGAGGGUCAUGCUCGAGGUCGUUCGCCCACCGGAGGACACCAUGAUCAUGUCUUCCCUGAGCUUGCGCCCAAUAUCCGCGAGCCAGUACCCAGCAGUGGCAAGAUCCAGGCUGACGCUGAGAUUGAUCAGCUGCUCCGCGACGAGGAGCCCGAUUCACCUCCUUACUCACCCAAGGACUUCAACGAUGACAAUGUCGUCUGGCAUGGCAAAGUUGCCAUGAUCCCUGUCUCCGAGUUCACAUCUUUCGCGAAGCAUGUGGGAGGCGCAGACCUGAGCGGGCGGAUUCCUUGGAGCCAGCUGGCGCCCUCGACGCUGCUGGUUGAUGGCCGUAUCGACAUCCAACUUGCCAGCAGUUAUCUUUGUGGCCUGCGAUUCAGCUCCUCAACAGACGUGUCUGUGAUUGCCAUCAGCAGUCCGGAUCUGCCUGGAGAGCGUGCGGGUUUCGACAAACUCUUCGACUACUUCCAAAACCGCCAGCGCUAUGGUGUCAUUGGCAAACAUCCGUUGUCGGCUGUUAAGGAUACCUAUAUCAUUCCUAUUGAAGCCGGUACUACUACGAAGCCCGAGUUCAUUGAGUUGCUGGAAAACAACACCCUUGACAGCACCAUCAAUGAGCGAACCCUUCUUGUUGUCUUCGUCGUGAAGACAGGCGACUCCAACCCCCCUUCAGUCCAGCCGCCGUCUCACCAGCCUAGCCAAGAGCCAGCCGUCUCUGCAAGCCCCCUGACGGCUGCUGCAGCAACACCCCAACAACCUAAUUUUAUGGCUAUUGGUCAGGCCACAACCCCCCAAGUUGCACCAACACCUCCGACUACCCUUAAUGGAACUGUCCCCAAUCCGGCUGCGUAUGCUCAACCACAAGCUACACAGCCAGGACAGUUCCCACCUUUGCAGCAACAAGCUCUCACCGGCUUAGCCGCCGCUGUUCAAGUGCUGGGCGCGCAAGUAAACGCACCCGCCAUCCAGCAACUUCUCAAGACGGCACCCAAUGUGGACGUGGCGCAGUUGAACGUCGUCCGCGACAUCCUGGCCCGGCAGCCUGCCGCGGCGGCCAACUAUGACACACUUAUGCAGGCGCUGUUCGAGACUCAGGCUAACGGCCACGUCCCGCCGGCAAACGUCUAA